AUGGGCAAAGAACAUCUUCAGAGUGUUCUAUCUGGAACCCUCAACGAGAUUAUCCCCUCUUUCUGGAAUAUUCUGAUCACAGCAUUUGUGAUAUUGAUGUUCAUUCCAAUCCUACAAAUAUUUGUCUUUGCAGUUUAUAACUUAUAUUUCCAUCCUCUACGGAAGUAUCCCGGUCCUUUCCUCUGGAUUGCUUUCCCAUGGCUGAAGAGCCUAUCCCUGAUCCGAGGGAAAGCGGACCAUGCUGUUGUCGCAUUCCACGAGCAGUUUGGACCUGUUGUUCGAACUGCCCCUAACAUUCUAAGUUUCACGUCCUUGACUGCGUGGAGAGAUAUAUAUGGGACUGGCCAUGCUGAGUUACCAAAACAUAUUUUCAAGGGCAGUGGGAUGGAGGAGCGCCCUAACAUUAUUACUGCAAAUGCUCGAGACCAUCAUCGCUUCCGCCGAGCUCUACUACCUGCUUUUUCAAAUGACGCGUUGGCACGACAAGAGCCUUUACUUAACAGUUAUGUCGAGCAGCUCAUAAAUCAACUGCGCAGAAUUGCCAAAUCUGACAACUCUGCUGCUGAUAUUUCUAAAUGGUACACAAUGACAACGUUUGAUAUCUUUGGAGAGCUUGCAUACGGCGAAUCAUUUAACGGAUUAGCGACGGGCAAAGUUCACCCUUGGAUCAGAGCUCUUAGUAACAUGAAGUAUUUGGUUCCCCUGCUUGUUUUCCCUAGUAUCUCGUGGAUUUUGAUCCUGCUCUUGACUACAGCCGAGCAACGCGGCUCACUGGCAGAACACCAGCAACGUUCAAUGGAACUCACAUACAAACGCAUCAAGAACAAAGAGAUUCAAGAGCGCGGUGAUAUCAUGACCUUUGUUCUACGCGAACAUGGUGAAGACCACGGCCUAACCGACUAUGAAAUGGCCUGCAACGCCGAUAUUAUCAUCAGUGCAGGCUCUGAGACUACUGGAACAGCCAUGACCGGAAUAACUUACUAUAUGCUUCGCAAUCCAGAAAAGAUGGCCAGGUGCGUUGAUGAGAUACGCAGUACUUUCGAAACAGAGGAAUCGAUCAAUUUUAAGGAAACGACAACCAAGUUACCAUAUUUGACAGCUUGUAUUGAAGAAGGGUUGCGCCUAUUUCCUCCUGUCCCAACUGGACUGCUGCGCGAAACUCUACCGGGUAGACCCACGCUUAUUGAUGGACACUUGAUCCCAGAGAAAACUGUCGUGGCUGUACACCAUCUAGCUACCUAUCAUUCCGAGUCAAACUUUUAUGACGCAAAAAGUUUCUUACCGGAACGUUGGCUGCCAGAGAUACACUCAGAGCCGACUUCACUCUUCUACAAUGACAAUCGCAGCUGCUUAAAACCAUUCAGCUACGGUCCACGUAAUUGUAUCGGUCGUAACCUCGCCUAUCAUGAAAUUAGGCUCAUCUUGUCCAAGGUGCUAUGGAAUUUUGACCUCACUCUAAAACCUGGCUUCGAGGACUGGGCUAUUGGCCAACGCUCCUACCAAUUGUGGGAGAAGCCAUCCCUUAUGGUGGAUGUGAAAAUCCGUACGGCAUGA